AUGACUACCUCCUUCCUGCAGUUUACUGAAGAAAAGCUGGGUCAGGCUGAGAAGACUGAACUAGAUGCUCACUUUGAAAACCUUCUGGCCAGGGCAGACUGCACAAAGAACUGGACAGAGAAGAUCUUGCGUCAGACUGAAGUCCUGCUACAGCCAAACCCCAGUGCCAGAGUAGAAGAAUUCCUCUAUGAGAAGCUUGACCGGAAGGUGCCUUCCCGGGUCACCAAUGGGGAACUGCUGGCACAGUACAUGACAGAAGCAGCUAAUGACUUUGGGCCAGGGACACCUUAUGGGAAGACCUUGAUAAAAGUUGGAGAGACUCAAAGGCGCUUGGGUGCAGCAGAACGGGACUUCAUCCACUCUGCCUCCAUCACCUUCCUCACCCCCCUGCGCAACUUCCUGGAAGGGGAUUGGAGAACCAUUGCUAAAGAGAGGAGGAUCCUGCAGAACCGCCGCCUGGACCUGGAUGCCUGCAAAGCCAGGUUGAAGAAAGCCAAAGCUGCCGAGGCAAAAGCAGCGGCAGAGCACGAGCUCAGACUCACACAGACCGAGUUUGAUCGGCAGGCAGAGGUGACGCGGCUGCUGCUGGAGGGGAUCAGCAGCACACAUGUGAACCAUCUUCGCUGUCUCCAUGAGUUUGUGGAGGCUCAGACCAACUACUACGCCCAGUGUUACCAGUACAUGCUGGACCUGCAGAAGCAACUGGGCAGAUUUUCAGGCACAUUCGUAGGCAACGCAGACUCCACCUCUCCUCCCCCAGCAGCUGCCUCUCCUCCAGCUGUUGCUGCUGCCACACUCCCAGCUGUGCCCACCAUCCCAGUUGUGCCUACCAUCGUGGGGGUGCCCAGCACUGUGGCAGAGGGGGUGCUGAACCCAAAUGAAGUCAAACCUCCUGCCAGUGGGACACGGAAGGCCAGAGUCCUCUAUGAUUAUGAGGCAGCUGACAGCACCGAGCUGGCACUUCUUGCAGAUGAGAUGAUCACUGUCUACAGCCUGCCAGGCAUGGAUCCAGACUGGCUCAUAGGGGAAAGAGGGAACCAGAAAGGGAAAGUUCCUGUCACUUACUUGGAACUGUUAAGUUAAAUGUCUCCAGGAAGAAUGUACAAGCAGAAUGCACCCCUCACCUCCUGGCACUUCCAAUGCGGAUUUCUUCAUCCGAGACCAUUGCUCUCUUCAGGGUUGACACUCCAUUGCUAAUAUGGGAAUUGUGGGCAAGAAGUGGCAAAACUCUUGCAGUAAGGCUUUGGGAAAGGGCUGAUGGCACCCAGGACUGGAUUGGCUACCUACCAGUGCAGCUUUGGGGUUAGUCUUGAUGGUGCAAGAUUCCUUGAUUAUUUUUCUCUCCCCGCCC